GUUAAAUCCUCCUCCGGCUGCAGAGUCAAAUCUGAUCGAUGGAAUUAGCAUAAAAUGAAAUGUGAGAAUGUGUCUGAGAGAGAGACUUCAAGUCUCCAAGAGUCCUGAUGCAUAAAACUUAAUGUCAGUCAGUCAGUCAGUCAGUCAGUCAGUCAGUCAGGAACAGAGAAUCUGUUCUUCAGAUUCAAGAUGCAAACAUAUUGUAUUGGAUUUCACAAAUGAAAUGAAUGAAAUGUGUGUUUCCAGUCCCGUGCCAUGCAGACUGCCUGUCCUGUUCGGGGACUCCGGACCACUGUGAGAGCUGCAGGGACCAGAAGUCUGUCCUCCACCAGGGACGCUGUCUGUCCGUCUGUCCUGCUGGUUACUAUGCCGACGGACGAGUGUGUUCAGCCUGCCAGCCUUCCUGUCUCACCUGUUCCAGCAGGUGGGACUGCCUGUCUUGUGGCCCCCAGCGGCCCCUGCUGAGCGCUGAUAGCGGCGAGUGUCUGGCCUCGUGUCCUCGCCGUUCCUACCGCCAUGACACCACACACUGUCACAGUUGUGAUGACUCGUGCUCAGAGUGCCGUGGGCCGGGUCGGGACGAGUGUUUGUCGUGUUCGGACCCGGCUGCCUUGCUCAAAGACGGGGAAUGUGUUCCCGACUGUGGCGCCGGGUUCUACAGCCAGGAAGGAGUCUGCUACGGCUGCGACCCGUCCUGCGCCUCCUGUUUCCCUGACAACCCAAAGUGCAUGAGCUGUCUGCCUGGGACCGCCUUGCAUCAUGGGAAAUGUAUUUCCGAGUGUCCGGCGGAGCAUUACCUGGACAGCCACAGCAGAUGCAGAGCCUGCCACAGCUCCUGCGCCUCCUGCUGGGGUCCGUCGGUGUCCCAGUGCUCCUCGUGUCCAGCUGGGCUGCUCCUCCACCAGGGUCAGUGUGUGGAGGCCUGUGGGGAGGGGCUCUACUCCCAGGACCACAGCUGCCACAACUGCCACCCCUCCUGCCGGUCCUGUGUGGGUCCUCUGGCCUCAGACUGCCUCAGCUGUCUGAAACCAGAAGAAGUCCUGCUGCCUCAGUCCAGAUACCUGCAGCACGGAGUCUGCACCGCCAGAUGCCCCGCCCACAGCUACCUGGACCACACCCACACCUGCAGAGAGUGCGACUCGUCCUGCUGGCUCUGCUCCGGUCCGUCUGCAGACAACUGCUCGUCCUGUCGGUCCCCGUCCGGCCUGCACCAGGGACGCUGCGUCCCCACAAGCCCACAAGGCUUCUUCAUCCAGGACAACCAGGUCCAAGCGUGCCACCCGUCCUGUCUGAGCUGCUCCGGUCCGUCCCAGGCCGACUGCUCCUCCUGCUCCUCGAUGGCGUCGCUGCAGAACGGAUACUGCAGGACAAGCUGCCAGGACGGCUUCUUCCUCAGCGCCGCCACCGGAGUAUGCCUCAGCUGCAGCCCAGACUGUCAGCGCUGCACGGCCGACCUCCACACCAGGACCAGUGGGACCAGUGGGACCAGUGGAACCAGUGGAACCAGUGGGACCAGUGUGUGUCUGUGGUGCAAGGAGUCCAGGGCCCUGCUGUUGGGGGACCACUGUGUCCCCGUGUGUCCCCGGGGCCACUACAGCUGGCACGGGGCCUGCAUCAAAUGCCAUGCGUCCUGUGAGGGCUGCAGCGGGGCGGGGCCUCUGUCCUGUACUUCCUGUCCCCCCGGCGGCGUCCUGCUGCCGUCGGGUCUCUGCGCACCCAGAUGUCCCCGCGGUUACUACGACAACGGCCACCGGGUCUGUCACGCGUGCGACGGCCAGUGUCUGACCUGUGACAUGCCCAGCGUCUGCACCGCCUGCCGCCACCCGGCCAAGGUGCUGCUGUUCGGGGAAUGCCAGUACGACAGCUGCGCCCACCAGUACUACCUGAACACCACCACCAGGACCUGCAGAGAGUGUGACUGGAGCUGUAACGCCUGCAGAGGUCCUCUGAGGACGGAUUGUCUCCUGUGCAUGGACGGAUACGUCCUGCAGGACGGAGUCUGCUCCCAGAGCUGCUCACCUGGAUCCUUUGAGGACGGAGACAGAUGUCUCGGUUGUGAUGACCACUGUGUGGACUGUGGGGGUCCGGGUCGCUGCCGGCGCUGCCAGCCCCCCUACGCCUCCCUGCAGGGUCACUGUGUGCUGGACUGUGGCAGGAACUACUUCCUGGACGGAGAAGUCUGCAAACCGUGCUCCUCUGACUGCGUCCUGUGUGACGGUGUGGGACGCUGCAGCGCCUGCCGGGACCACGCCUUCCUCCUGGACGGAUACUGCACGCCAGACUGUGGACACGGCUUCUACGCCGACCACCAGACCAGGACCUGCCACGUGAACGCCGUCCCCCCGGCCCUCCAGGUCAACGGGUCCCUGCUGGUCCCCCUGGGUGGUGUGGCCCCGCUGACCCCCAGCCUGCUGCAGGUCCGGGACCCCGACAGUCCCCCGGAGCGACUCGUCCUCCAGCUGGUCCAGGACCCCACCAACGGACACCUGGUCCUGUUCAGAGGAGAGGGGGCGGGGCUAGACCUGACCAAGGACCACACCUUCACCUGGGACCAGCUGAGGGCCGGACGGGUCCGCUUCAGGCACCAUAAGGACAAGUCCAGGAGUGGAGAGUUAACCCUUCGAGUGUCUGACCCGCAGCUCUUCUCUCAGCCACAAACGGUCCAAGUCCAAGCCGUCUCCAUGCAGCCUCCGAGGGUGGUGACUCUGACUCCUCUCGUCGUGGAGCGCCGCGGCGCCGUGGCAACCAUCACCAAGUCGGUGCUGCAGGUGGACGACCCCGACAACCCGGCCGACGUGCUGGUCAUGGUGCUGGAGCCCCCGCGACACGGCCGGCUGACCUACGCCCACGCGGACCGGCCGCUCAGCCGCUUCAAGCUGGAGGAUCUGAACCGCCAGCAGAUCCAGUACGUCCACCACGGAACCCAGGAGAACCAGGAGAACCAGGAGAACCAGGAGAACCAGGACCAGACGGUGCUGCAGAUCAACGACGGACACAGCUACAGGAACCUCCUGCUGGAGGUCCAAGUCAGGGACAAGGUGUCUGACUCUCCUCAGGUGUCCUCUACUCCGGUCACCUGGGUGAAGGAAGGAGGGAUGGUUCGGCUGGACAGGAAGUACCUGCAGGCGGACUAUAAGGGGGUCAGCAGAGACCACAUCGUCUACUCCAUCCUGGCCUCAGAGGGACAACCUAAAUACGGUGAGGUGUUGCUGGUGUCCAUGCCUGCUGACGGUCCUGCAGACGGCUGGCGUCCUUCUCUAACAGACGACCGGAGCUUCACCUCCACGUCCUCCUUCACCCAGCAGGACGUCAACGACGGCGCCGUCUGGUACCGCCACCACGGGGGCAGCGCCACCAGGGACUCCUUCAGCUUCCAGGUCUCCAGUGAGGCGGCCCCCCUCCUCCAGAGUGAUGUUCAGACCUUCUCCAUCGGGGUUCUUCCUCAGACUCCUGGAUUCCCUCAGCUGGACCCAGAAUGUGACCUGCAGGUCACGGCUCUGGAGGACCGUGUGACUGAGUUAACCCAAUCAGCUCUCUCCUUCAUCGACUCUGACACUCCCAACGACAAACUGAUGUACAACAUCACCAAACCACUGCUGCAGGGACAAGGAUCUAUUGAACAUGUGGACCGUCCGUAUCAACCCGUCUCUGUCUUCAGUCAACACGACGUCAACAACUGGAAGAUCAUCUACAGACCUCCAGCUGCUCCAACACACCUGCAGGAGCUCUACCAGUACUCCUUCAUAGGUCUCCCCGAGUCACUCAGCGUCUACUUCACAGUGUCUGACGGGGAACACACCUCCCCUGAGUUGGACUUUGCCGUCCUGCUGCUGUCCAACCACCACCAGCCUCCGGUGUUCCAGGUCCUGGAUCCUCUGCUGGAGGUCCGCCGGGGGGGGCAGGCCCCCAUAGGCGGCCAGCAGCUGGCGGUGAGUGAUGCUGAUACGUCUCCAGACGAGUUGGAGUUUGAGCUGGUGGAGGCUCCGGUCCACGGAGAGCUGGUCAGGACAGACGGAGACACACACACCAGCAUGAACAACGGUGACGUCUUCACCUUCAGUGACAUCACCCGUAACGUGCUGCUGUACCGCCACGCCGGCCUCAGCAACCAGGACGACGCCCUCAGCUUCUCCGUCAGCGACGGCAUGUCCAUGGCCUCCACCGUGGUGCAGGUGGUGGUUCUGGGCCCCGGAGGGGACGGACCCCACCGCGACCCGGCCGCCACUCUGAGUCUGGAAGUAGGAGAGAAGAGCAGCACCGUCAUCAGACGCUCACACCUGGCUUACACCGACGAGUCGUCUGGAGACGAGCAGAUCCAGAUGCAGCUGGUGUCGGUGCCGAUGUACGGCAUCCUGACCAGGAGUCAGCAGGAGCACCAGGAGCUCCGGGAGUACUCCUCCUUCACCAUGGAGGACAUCAGCAAGCACCGCAUCAGGUACGUGACGUCGUUGGAGACGGGCAACCAGCCGGUAACAGACGUUUUCCACUUUGUUGUUUACGACGGAGACAACAAUCGCCUCGACAACCAGAUGGUCACCAUCACCAUCAGCUCCACGCCACGGCAACCGCCCAACGCCACGGUCCACGGCGCCGUCACGGUGCAGGAAGGCGGCCGGGUCGCGCUGUCCACCGACCACAUCACGGUGUCAGACCUGGACACGCCCAGGAAGGACCUCCUCCUCUGGAUGGUCACGCCUCCCAAAUACGGAUACAUCGAGAACACCAACACAGGAGGCUCUGUGGGCGGCUCGCGGGUCGUGACCCCUGACCUGCCGUUCUCCGUGGAGGACCUGACCUCCGACCACAUCUUCUACGUUCAGAGCGGCGAAGCUCUGAGCGCCACGCAGGACGUCUUCAGCUUCUACAUCAGCGACGGACACAGCCAGACGGAGGCGUUCAACGUGGAGAUCCACAUCCAGCAGAGUAAAGAGGACAGAGAGCCCGUGGUGGCGGUCAGCAGCAUCCACGUGGAGGAAAACUCUGGAGUCGUCAUCACCAACUCUUCUCUCAGCGUCAACGACCAGGACACGCCGGAGAACGAGAUCCUCUUCACCGUUAUCAGGAAGCCGUCCUACGGGAAGCUCCGCAGACGUCAGUUCUACUCCCAGCCUCUGGAGAACGGCCGAGUCCUGCUGCAGGGCUCCACCUUCACCUACCAGGACGUCCUGGACCAGCUGCUGGUCUACACGCCUGAGACCGCCAGCGGGGGCGCCGACGAGAUGGGCUUCACCCUCACCGACGGCAUCUACACCCACACGGGCCGCCUGGAGUUCACCAUGGACGUCCGGAGGACCGAAGGGCCCCGAAUGACGGUCAACAGAGGCCUGCAGCUUCCCGCAGGAUCUUCGUCUAAGAUCAGCGAGCAGAACCUGAAGGGGACGGACAUCGACUCAGACAGCCUGAAGCUCCGAUACGUCCUCACCAAAGACCCUCCCACCGGAAAACUGCAGCUCAGCAAGAACGGACGAAUGGAGAAGGUUUCUGUGAAAGGACCCGUCCAGAGCUUCAGUCAGGACGACGUCAACAAAGGCAUGCUGCAGUUCAGCCAUGAGAAAGGGGAGAAGGGAGGCAGCCUGUCCUUCAAGUUCAACCUGGUGGAUCCAGAGGGCAACAAGCUGAUCGACCAGUCCUUCUUCAUCAGUGUGCUCGAGGAUCGUCUUCCUCCCUCCGUGGUGGUGAAUAAAGGUCUGGUUCUGGACGAGAACACGAUGAAGAAGCUGACCACGCUGCAGCUGUCGUCCAGCGACCAGGACAGCGAGCCGGGAGAACUCGUCUACCGCAUCACCAGACAGACGAGCCUGGGUCACCUGGAGCACGCCACCCGCCCAGGCUCCAGGAUCAGCUCCUUCUCUCAGGCUGAUCUGGCGUCACGCAGCAUCCAGUACGUCCACACCAGCGAAGAAGAGAAGCACGCCGACCAGUUCUCCUUCACCGUGUCAGACGGGACCAACGAGGUGGCCCAGACCUUCUACAUCACCAUCAGGCCGGUGGACGACUCGCUGCCUCUGCUGCAGGUUCCUGGUAUGAGGGUCCAGGAGGGCGUGAGGAAGACCAUCACCGAGUUUGAGCUGAAAGCCACCGAUGCCGACACCGAGGCGGAGUCGAUCAUCUUCAGCGUGGUGCAGGCUCCUCGCCACGGCACCAUCGAGCGAACGGCCAACGGGCAGCACUACCGUCAGACCAGCAGCUUCACCAUGGACGACAUCUACCAGAACCGGAUCAGCUACAACCACGACGGCUCCAACUCCCUGAAGGACCGCUUCACCUUCAGCGUGGCCGACGGCUCCAACCUGCUCUUCAUGGUGGAGGAGGCCGGCAAGGAGAUCGUGACGGCUGCUCCACAGAAGUUCAAGAUCGACAUUCUGCCGGUGGACGACGGCACGCCGCGCAUCGUCACCAACCUGGGGCUGCAGUGGCUGGAGUACAUGGACAACAAGGCCACCAACCUGAUCACCAAGAAGGAGCUGCUGACGGUGGAUCCGGACACAGAAGACAGUCAGCUGGUUUAUGAGAUCACCUCGGAGCCCAAACAUGGUUUCAUGGAGAACAAAGUGAAGCCUGGCAGCCCCGUCGCCUCCUUCACUCAAGCUGACAUUAAUCUGGGUCUGAUCCGCUACGUGCUGCACCAGGACAACGUCCAGGAGACGAUGGACACCUUUAAGUUCCUGGUGAAGGACAGUAAACCCAACGUGGUGAUGGACAACGUCUUCCACAUCCAGUGGUCCCUCAUCAGCUUCCAGCACAAAAGCUACAACGUGAGCGAGAAGGCGGGCGUGGUGGCGGUGACGGUGAAGCGAACCGGGAACCUGAACCAGUACGCCAUCGUGCUCUGCCGCACUGAGCCGGGCGGCGCCACGUCCACCAGCAGCGCCGGGUCCAAACCGGGUCAGCAGGACUACGUGGAGUACGCCGGACAGGUGCAGUUUGACGAGCGCGAGGACACGAAGGUGUGCACCAUCGUCAUCAACGACGACGAGGUGUUCGAGGGGACGGAGAGCUUCAGCGUGGAGCUGAGCGUUCCCGUCUACGCUCUGCUGGGCGCCAACACGCUCGCCGCCGUCAACAUCAACGACACCGAGGACGAACCCACGCUGCAGUUCGACAAGAAGACGUACCACGUCAACGAGAGCUCCGGGUUCAUCCACGUUCCCGUCGAGAGGAAAGGCGACUCCUCCUCCACGGUGUCGGCGCUCUGCUCCACGGUGGCGAGGUCGGCUCAGGGCAGCAGCCUCGUGUCUCUGGAGUCGGGCUCCGACUAUAAGAGCCGCGGGACGAGCGGCGAGAACCGCGUGGUGCUGGGCCCCGGCGUCACCAUGACGACCUGUGACGUCAAGCUCAUCGACGACAGCGAGUACGAGCUGUCGGAGGAGUUCCAGCUGGUGCUGGCGGACGCCUCGGACAACGCCCGCGUCGGCGCCAUCACCACGGCAACCGUGGUCAUCGACGGCCCCAACGACGCCUCCACCGUCUCCCUGGGCAACGCCACCUUCACCUUCAGCGAAGACGCCGGAACGAUAGAGAUCCCGGUGCUGCGCCUCGGCAGCGACCUGUCCUCCGUCACGUCGGUGUGGUGCGCCACCCGACCCUCCGACCCGCCGUCGGCCAGCCCCGGGGUCGACUACAUCCCCAGCUCCAAGAAGGUGGAGUUCAAACCUGGAAGAACCGAGGAGACCUGCAGUCUGACCAUCAUGGACGACAUCCAGAACCCGUCGAUGGAAGGAUCCGAGUCCUUCGUGGUGUUCCUGAGCUCUCCUCAGGGCGCCGUGCUGCAGGAGCCGUACGAGGCCAACGUGGUCAUCACCGACACCUUCCAGGACAUUCCCAGCAUGCAGUUUGAGAAGAGCGCCUACACCGUGAAGGAGAAAGACGGCGUGCUGCACCUGCCCGUCAUCCGCUCCGGCGACCUGUCCGUCACGUCCUCGGUGCGCUGCUUCACCCGCACCAUGUCGGCCGCCGUGAUGGACGACUUCCAGGAGCGCCGGAACGCCGACGAGUCCCGCAUCACCUUCCUCCGAGGAGAGAAGGUGAAAAACUGCUCCGUUCACAUCAACGACGACUCUGUUUUCGAGCCGGAGGAGGAGUUCCAGGUGCAUCUUGGGACGCCGCUGGGCGACCACUGGAGCGGCGCCAUGGUGGGCGCCAGCGAUGUCGUCACCAUCACCAUCACCAACGAUGAAGACGCUCCGACCAUCGAGUUCCAGCAGGUGUCCUACCAGGUCCGAGAGCCUCCUGGUCCCGACGGCAUCGAGGUGCUCAACAUCAAAGUGAUCCGCCACGGAGAUCUGGACCGGACCUCCAAGAUCCGCUGCAGCACCCGGGACGGAUCAGCCCAGUCCGGAGUCGACUACAACCCCAAGAGCAGAGUGCUGAAAUUCACCCCAGGGAUGGACCACAUCCUCUUCAAAGUGGAGAUUCUGUCCAAUGAGGACAGAGAAUGGCACGAGUCCUUCUCAUUGGUCCUCGGCCCCGACGACCCCGUGGAGGCGGUGCUUGGCGAGAUCACCAUGGCGACAGUGACCAUCCUGGACCAGGAGGCGUCAGGCAGCCUGAUCCUCCCCGCCACGCCCAUCGUGGUGUCUCUGGCCGACUACGACCACGUCCAGGAGGCGACCAGGGAGGGCAGCAGGAAGACGCCGUCCCCGGGUUACCCCCUGGUCUGCGUCACGCCCUGCGACCCUCACUACCCCAAAUACUCUGUGAUGAAGGAGCGCUGCGAGGAGGCCGGCAUCAACCAGACGCAGCUUCACUUCUCGUGGGAGGUGGCGGCGCCCACCGACACCAGCGGCGCCCGCUCCCCCUUCGAGACGGUGACGGACACCACGCCGUACACCAGCGUCAACCACAUGGUCCUGGACAGUAUUUAUUUCAGCCGGCGGUUCCAUGUGCGCUGCGUGGCCCAGGCCCGGGACAAGGCGGGUCACCUGGGGACGCCGCUGAGGAGCAACAUGGUGACCAUCGGCACCGAGGGCUCCAUCUGCCACACCCCCGUCACCACGGGAACCGCCAGAGGCUUCCAGGCCCAGUCCUUCAUCGCCACGCUCAAAUACCUGGACGUCAAGCACAAGGAGCACCCCAACCGGAUCCACAUCUCGGUGCAGAUCCCCCACCAGGACGGCAUGCUGCCCCUGGUCUCCACCAUGCCGCUCCACAACCUGCACUUCCUGCUGUCAGAGUCCAUCUACAGGCAGCAGCACGUCUGCUCCAACCUGGUCACCUUCCAGGACCUGAAGGGGCUCUCAGAGACGGGUUUCCUGGACGACGUGUCGUACGACAGCAUCUCUCUGGGCCCGGGCUUCGACCGGCCGUACCAGUUCAACCCCAACGUCCGCGAGGCCAAAAGCAUCCAGCUCUACAAACACCUGAACCUGAAGAGCUGCAUCUGGACCUUCGACGCCUUCUACGACAUGACGGAGCUCAUCGACGUCUGCAGCGGCUCCGUCACCGCCGACUUCCAGGUCCGGGACUCGGCCCAGUCCUUCCUGACGGUGCAGGUCCCGCUCUACGUGUCCUACAUCUACGUGACGGCGCCGAGAGGCUGGGCUUCGCUGGAGCACCACACCGAGAUGGAGUUCUCCUUCUUCUACGACACGGUGCUGUGGAGGACAGGGAUCCAGACGGACAGCGUUCUGUCAGCCAGACUGCAGAUCAUCAGGAUCUACAUCAGAGAGGACGGACGGCUGGUGAUCGAGUUCAAAACACACGCCAAGUUCAGAGGUCAGUUUGUCCCUGAACACCACACUCUGCCGGGUCACAAGUCCCACCUGGUGGCUCCGGACCACCUGGGAGGCAUCGAGUUCGACAUCCAGCUGCUGUGGAGCGCUCAGACCUUCGACUCUCCGUUCCAGCUGUGGAGAGCCACCAGCUCCUACAGCAGGAAGGACUACUCUGGAGAGUACACGGUGUUCCUGGUGCCGUGCACCGUGCAGCCCACCCAGCCCUGGAUCGACCCCGGGGACAAGCCUCUGUCCUGCACCGCUCACGCUCCAGAGAGGUUUCUGGUGCCGAUCGCCUUCCAGCAGACGAACCGGCCCGUCCCCGUCGUCUACUCCCUCAACACUGAGUUCCAGCUGUGCAACAACGACAAAGUGUUCAUGAUGGACCCGGCCGACGGAGCCGGCAGCGACAUGGACUACAAGGGAGCCUUCUCCAUGGGCCAGACUCUGUACGGCAGAGUGCUGUGGAACCCGGAGCAGAACCUGAACGCAGCGUACCAGCUGCAGCUGGAGAAGGUGUACCUGUGCACGGGGCGCGACGGCUAUGUGCCCUUCUUCGACCCUACGGGGACGCUGUACAACGAGGGUCCCCAGUACGGCUGCAUCCAGCCCAACAAACACCUGAAGCACCGCUUCCUGCUGCUGGAUCGUAAACAGCCCGACGUUUGUGAUCUUUUCUUCCACGACGUUCCCUUCGAGGCUCACUUCUCCUCGGAGCUCCCGGAGCUGCAGGCCAUGGCGGCGAUGCCCGGAGUCGACGGCUUCACCAUGAAGGUGGACGCGCUCUACAAGGUGGAGGCGGGGCAUCAGUGGUACCUGCAGGUGAUCUACGUCAUCAGUCCGGAGUCCCGCUCUACCCGGAUCCAGCGCUCCGUCACCUACCAGCUGAGCCGCCCGAGACGGGACCUGGUGGACCGCAGCGGGCGCCUGACGCUGGACGAGUCUCUGAUCUACGACAACGAGGGCGACCAGGUGAAGAACGGCACCAACAUGAAGUCUCUGCGGCUGGAGGCGGGGCCCUCCGCCUCCUUCAACGCCCACGUGGGCAGCUCGGUGGGCGGGGGCGUGGCCGCCGUCACCCUGCUGGUCCUGGUCCUGCUCGCCGCCUGCUUCCUGAUCCGCCGCUGCCGCCGCGCCGCCAGCAACAAGAGCAAGAAGUCGGCCAAGCCGUACGAGGAGUACCCGCUCAACACCAAGGUGGAGGUGUGCAUGGACAAGUGCCUGGAGAAGAACUUCAGCACCAAACACUGCACCGUCAGGAACGUCAACGUCCUCAACCGCAACCAGGACGCCAACGGAAAAGUCAAACAGGUCAACCUGGAGGUGAAACUCCACAACAACCUCAACGACGGCACCGAGGUCUAGACGAGGACGGAGAGAGAGAGAGAG